AUCAGAAGACAGGCAGGGUUCUCUUCCUGUUUGGCCGAGGGAAUCGGUAUCGGUCGAUUGCACGGACGAAGAUCAUGGGGGGGAUCAAACAAGAGCAGAGUGAUGCUUCACAUCAGUCCAAACCUUCCCAUUCAGCAGAUCAGCCGCCAGAGGAGCCAAAGAAGAGAGGAUGGCCGAAGGGAAAGAAAAGAAAGAAGGUGCUACCAAAUGGUCCAAAGGCACCGGUAACAGGAUAUGUCCGCUUCCUGAAUGAACGGCGAGAGCAUAUGCGGGCCCGAUACCCUGACUUACCUUUCCCAGAAAUCACCAAGAGACUCGGAGCCGAGUGGACACGAUUAGCCCAGAAUGACAAACAGCGCUACCUGGACGAGGCUGAACGGGAGAAGAUGCAGUAUGCCCAGGAACUGAAGGAAUAUCAGCAGACUGAGGCCUAUCAGAUCACCAGUGCCAAGAUACAAGACAAGAGGAUCAAGAAAGAAGACACUCCAUCUGUCAUCAUCAGUACUAGUUCAGAGUCAUCUUUAUCAAAGGCUUCUGACCUCUCAAGCAGAUUCGACAUCCCUAUCUUCACAGAAGAGUUCCUCGAUCAGAACAAAGCUCGAGAGGCUGAGUUGCGACGGCUUCGUAAGGCUAACAUUGAGUUUGAAGAGCAGAACGCAGUGCUUCAGCGGCACAUUAAGGACAUGUACAACGCUAAAGAGCGACUGGAAGCUGAACUGGGGCUGGACGAGAAGAGAACCCAGGCUCUUCACCAACACUUGUUGGCCAUUAAACACACACUGGUCAACAGUCUGUCAUCAGUCCCCCUGCCAGGUACAGGUGAGACAGCGUCUCUUGGGAACUUGGACUCAUACCUGAGUCGUCUCAGUGGAGUGCUAGAGGGAAACCCUCACAAGCAUCGUGCUCUGCUCACCCAACUUUGCGAUGUCCUCUCUCAUCUGGACAGUGAGAAGUUAUGAGGAGACUCCAGCUGGUGACCCUUUUAUUCCUGCACCAGAGGGGACACAUGACAGGCUCUGUGGUAUUGGGUCAAGUCAGUGCCAUUCAACAUAGCACGUGGAUAUCUCAAGGAUAAUAAAGGCAAGGGUACAGACACUUCAAAAGACUCACACACAUACAUACACACACACACACACACACACACACACACACACACACACACACACACACACACACACUCCAUGUCUACAUGCCUCUUCUCUAUGAAUAUGUGUAUUCUGGAGAAUGUGUGUAUUCAUACACACGGGUUCUUGCGAAUGUAAAUCUGUGUGGCAGUGUUGAGGGUUUUUACAGUUCAGGGAUUUUAUUAAAUGUAAUGUAAUUUUAUCUUCUGAACUGCAUUAAUUAAUAUUUUCGAUUGACCAUAUCCCUAUUGUGUAGUAUCAUAAAUUACUACAGACCCGUGACCUGUCAAUAAGACGGGCCUAAUUAUUAGUUUACAAUAAAUGCCAUCUGGCAAUGGGUGGGUGGGUAAUGUGUACGUAGUGUUAUUUAGAGUGCAUGAAAAAAAACUGGAAAAGGAUAAAAUGAAAUGUUGGGGUAUACAUGUUUGAAUUUACAUUGAUAAUGGCAGGUUGUUGAAUGGACAAGCAGUUUCACAUGUUGUCAGAAUAUUAUAUAUUUGUGAAGUAUAUUUGUAUUUUCUGAAAUGUUCAUUAAACCAUACUGAAAAUGUUUCCAACAAAA